AUGCCAGCAGCGGCUGCUUUACGCACAGACGUAGCAGAAGCAGCCGCACAACCGCUCCAGCACAGCAGCAACGAACACAGCGAAGCGACAACACAGCGAACAGAGAACACAGAGACAACAGCAGGAAACCCUGAUUAUGAACUUCAGGAAAGGUUUAAUAUUAACCGAUCCAAUGUAUGGGAUGGAGCAAUCCGCGGCUUCAAAGGGGCCUCAUUCGACCCCUCUCAUCAGAUGCAGGUUAAGUUUACUGACGAUGAGGGACAAACUGAGGAUGGAGUGGACACUGGUGGUCCCAAGCGUGAGUUCCUGACCCUCCUAAUGGAAUGCCUGAGAAUGAGAAGAAUAUUUGAUGGUCCACAGGACAGGAAAUUCCUCACGUUCGACAAUGCAGCUGCAAAAGAUGACGAAUACUUUCAUGCUGGGAGGAUGAUUGCAACUUCUAUAGUUCAUGGUGGUCCAGGCCCCCGCUUCCUGUCAGAGACGCUCUACCAGCACCUCACUGGAAUGAAAAACACCAACAUUGAAGCCAUCAUUGAAGACAUUACUGAUGACACUAUGAGAGCUUCCCUGCUUGAG